AUGCGCGGGCUGCUCACGGCCGCCGCGCUUUUGGCGCCGGCUCUGGCCAGCGGCCGUACCCUUAAGCGAGACGAGGAGGCACCUUCGGCCUUCAUCCGUCUUGAUGUUCCUCACGCCGAGGAUGAUUCCGUCAAGCUCCAGACAACGCUACGAUUGAGCGUUCUUGAAUCCGAGGAAUCUUGUGGCCACGGAAAUGUUUUGCUUAAUGGCCAGGCUCUUUCCCAGGACGCCGAUGGCCUCGGCUCUGGCUCCAUCUCCACGGAGCAGGGUAGCCUCCUGAUUGCCAACUGGAAGUUUGCCUGUGUCGACCUCGACGACGUGCACAAGGAACAGACCUUGGCCGUGCACGUCGAUUUUGUCGAUGGCAAGGAGGUCAAUGACCUGGGUUUCACUGUCCAAUUCCAGCAGAAGGGACAGGUCUGGGUUACGUACAUUGAGGGAGCGGAUUCCAUCAUCACCGCACCCAAGCUCGACUUCUUCCCCGAGGAGUCCCAAGGUCCCGAGUUCAACCCCGAGCUGGAGGCUGAACUUUCCGAGUUGGAGUUUAUGAAGAUGCAGCUUGUCGAACUUGAGCAGGCCGUUUUCAUGAAGGAGCUGUUCUUGGCAGAGGCCUUUGGUUUCCAUGGAAGCAAGGGUUCAAAGUUGUCCGACUGUGACAACCUCAAGUGCAUUGCCAAGUCCAUGUACGACAGCGUCAAGGGCGUCGCCAGCAAGUUCUACGGGCAUGGCAUGGGUGAAGACGGCUUGUUUGGCGGCCCUCCUGGUGGUCACCAUCGUGGCGGCCACCACAUGGGCCCUCACGGUGGUAAGCCUGGAAAGCCUGGCAAGCACCACGGUUUCCCCGGCUUCCGCUUCCCUCACCAUGGCAAUGAGACUCAUGGCAACCACACAAUGCCGCCUCCGCCCCAUGGCAAGCCCGAUUUCCCGCCUCCGUUCUGCCACUGCCCGCCGCCGCCUCCGCCCCCUCCGCCCCAUGGACACCAUGGCCCUCCUCCUCCUGAUGGGCCCGAUGGACCUCCACACCACUUCCCCCAGGGACACCACGGCCCUCCCCACGAUGGCCCUCACCACGGUCCUGGCAAAGGAGACAAGUCCCCAGAAAGGGGUCCCACUGGCGAACCUCACGAUGGAGAGGACCGCCCAGCCCCUGGUCACCACCACCAGGGCCCGCCUCCUCCCCCUCCUCCUCCGCCCUUUGAUUUCGAGGAUCAUCCCGGCCACCCUAACGAGGGCCACCCCGGUGACGAUAUGCCACCUCCCCCACCUCCCCCUCCAUUCGGACACCACGAAGACGGACCUGAUGGCGACUUCCCCCCGCCGCCCCCACCACACGAUCACCACGAAGACGGCCCCGGCGGACCUCCUCCCCCGCCUUUCGAAGAUGGACCCGAAGGCCCUGAGCAUCCUCUGGCAGCCGCCGAAGGAGAUAUGCCACCCCCACCGCCAGAAGGUCCCCAUGGUCACGGUGGCCCGCACCACCAUGGACCCCCGCCGCCGCCCUUCUCUCUCCACCACGCAAUGCCUGCCAUCCGUAUCGGCGCAAUCGUCAUCACCCUAGGACUUCUCUUUGCUGCUCUGCACACUCGCUGCUUUACUGUCCGUCGUGGGGACCGUCGUAGCUCCUGCAUGUCCCGUCGCCGUGAUUACGGUGCCAGGCGCACAGGAUUCGCCGGCCUCAUUGACCGUGCGAGAAUUGCCAUGGGCUACACUGAUGGCGAUGAUGCCGAGAAGGAAGCCAUGAUGCGCCAUGUCGGAGAGGAGGACAGCGACUCGGAUGCCAUGUCGACCACCAUGGAACAGGACAUUGAACAAUUCAGAAAUGCUGCCGACGUCGUCAGUGACAUGGUUGCCGCUGAAGAGGGCCGUUCUGCCCAACGCGAGAUGGUUCAAUACUCAUCAAUCCCUCCCCCAAGCCCUCACGCUACUUUUGCAGACUACAUGGCUGCUGACGAGGCACUUCCCACCUACGACGAAGCCGGAUCUAGUGAUGAGACAUAUGUCGCGGAUGGUAUGAGGUUCACUGAGAGCAGCACAUAUGCUCCGAGUGUGAGCUCGACCAACAGUUCAUUGGAUGAGAACCUGGGUCGCAAGGCAUAA